AUGGAAAGCGAAACACCACUACCUGCAUAUUCAGCACCUUUGGACCAGUUGCCUCAAUAUGAACCAUCCAUCAACUUUCAAGGUAUGGCUUUGAUCAAAACAGAAUUUAUCACACCAUACCAAGCAAACACUGGCACAAGAGCAUGGAAACCAGUUAUUUUGCAGAUGAACUCUACCCAGUUGCAAAUCUACAAUAUAAAUGUCGACAAGAAGUUGCAAGACAUAAUUGUCAACUUGUACUUUGAACUCAAUAGCUUGAACCAGCUAACAAUUGACUUGAACGCCGAAUACAAAAAGAACAACAAUGGUGUCGAUUUCGAUUUCCAUCGCAAUAGCGCCGAUGCCGAAUACUUGGAUGAUUUGUUUUCAGGCGAUGCAUAUGGCAGCGGCGGCCCUGUUGAUGGAUGCAAAUCGAUAUUCAACGAGUCGAAAUUUAGCAAACUUUGCAACAAGAUUAAGACACAAAAGACACAAAAGACAAUGGCCCAUAUCAAAGACUAUUAUCACAUAUUAAAAGAUAACCAACUAUUAUUUGAACCAAGCUUUAAUGAAAGUACAACAACAGCAACAGCAACAGCAAAAAAAAACUUUGACAAGUACAAAGGGCAACUCCUCCAUUGCUACUCCUUAGCCAAUUUACACGUUGGCGAAGCACCGUCCUUGAACCAGCUCAUCUCAGCAAUGUACAAGGAAGACCAAAGCUCAUCCCCAAGCAACAACUCUUCAUUAGUUAAAUACAAGAAUACAUUGCGGUUGCGAAUAGAAUACAAACAAAUCUUGCUUCAGUUUUGGUCAUUUCAUGCAAUGGUGAGUUGGUUUAGAAGCUUGAUGAUUGGGAAAGAUCUUAGUCAGCCAUUAGAGUCAAGAACAGUUACCAAGUUGAAAUCUAUACCAAGCCGAUUCAGCAGUAGAAACAAUGCCUUACUAGCAGCCACUGCUGCUGCUGCAUCAUACGGACAACGAAACAGAAGUGGUGGUGGAAGUAGAAAUAGAAAUAGAAGCAGGAGUAGAGGGAACAUUUCAAGUGAAGUUGUCGAAGAGCCAACAGAGAUUGAAGACGUUUACUCCAAUCCUACAAAUCAAUACUUGGCACACAAGGAGGAUAACACUAACAUUGAUAACAAUAACAAUAACAAUAAUGCUAGCUCGGCCGAGUCAACACAUAGCUCAGUAUUUGAACGCGAAUCACGUUCUAGCUCAUCAUCCAUAUCCUCCUCAUCAGCUUCAUCUUCUUCGUCUUUGUUUUCUACUUCCGAUUCUUCAGAUAUUGGUCUGGUGACUAUACACAACUACAAAUUCGUAUCCAAGGACAAUGUAUACACCACAGUUGAGAAGCAAUACAUUUCCAACUGUUUACCUGAUCUCAACUCAUUCGAUAAGUGGAGCGGCAAGUUGGUUACGAUAAGUAAUGCAGACCAUUUCAUUAGGGACGAGAGAAGCUAUAAGAACAAGAACGAUGUUUUCAUCAGCUACUCCGCCUUGGGCGACUUGGUCAAUUUGUACGAUAAGAAAUUUCAACAAUUGGAGAGUAAUUCGUUGGGCUUGCAUGCCAAGAAUAGUGGUAAAUUGUGCACUACAAGGACUUUUUUGAUCCAUCAAGAUGGGUUGGUUGCCGUAGCCUAG